AUGUUAUUUGGUGUAAAGUUAGCGAAUGAAAUCUAUCCUCCUUGGAAGGAUUCUUAUAUUAAUUAUGAUCAUUUGAAAGAGUUACUUAAGGAGAAUGACGACAAUUCAACUACUACUAAAGACACGUGGUCUGAAAGAGAUGAAUCCAAAUUUGUUGAAGCAUUAGAUAAGGAAUUAGAAAAUGUUUAUUCCUUUCAAAUUCAGAAAUAUAAUAAUCUUUUAGAUAAAUUGAUCAAUUUAGAGAAAGAAACAUCUUCAGAAGAAAAAAUUAAAACUAUUGAUCCAGAAAAUUUUCAACGUAUUCUUGAAGAUUCUUUAACAGAAGCUCAAGAAUUAGAUAAUUUUUCAAGAUUAAACUUUACAGGGUUUAUUAAAAUUGUUAAAAAACAUGAUAAAUUACAUCCAAAAUAUCCAUCUGUAAAAUCUUUAUUAGAGGUUAGAUUAAAAGAAUUACCUUUCCAUUCAGAAGAAUAUUCUCCUUUAUUAUAUCGUAUCUCUUACCUUUAUAAUAUUUUAAGAGGAAAUUUUAGUACAGUUUCCCAAUCUUUGGCAAGUACUUCAAAACUAUCAAAUGUUGCGUCUGUUGAACCAUCAAAUACAGAGUACAAGAUUUAUAAAUUUUGGAUUCAUAAAGAUAAUUUAAUGGAAGUAAAGACCAGAAUUUUACGUCAUUUACCGGUAUUAGUAUAUGCUCAAACACCUACAGAAAAUGAUGAUUUAAUUGAUAAAUUUGAAUCUGAAAUCUUAGAUACUGAUGGUGGGAUUCAAUCUUCAAAUUCAAGUCCUGCAACCAGUGAUAGAAAAUUAGGCCAUAAUACUUUAGAUCCAAUGAUUACUACUUUAUAUUUCGAUAAUGAAUUCUUUGAAUUAUAUAAUAAUAAAUUAUUGAAAAGUAGUAGUGCUCCAACUUUAAGAUUAAGAUGGACUGGGAAAUUAGUCGAUAAGCCUGAUUUAUUUCUGGAAAAGAAAAUGGUUGUUGAUGGUAACAAUAAUAACAAUGAUGAUGAACAACCUGCUCAUUUUGAAGAAUUGAGGUUAAAGAUGAAACAAAAAUAUUUAAAUGGUUUUAUCUUUGAUGGCGAAAAAAGAUAUGAAGAAUCCGUUCUUAGAAGAAUGAAAGAAAGUGGUUCUCCAAAUUCAACCAUUGUUAAGACACAAUCAGAUUUUGAAACUAUGCAAAAAUUUAUCAUGGAAGAACAACUUCAACCUGUUAUGAGAACAAUGUACACAAGAACUGCAUUCCAAAUUCCAGGUGAUGAUAGAAUUAGAGUAACCAUCGAUUCAGAUAUUUUAUUUAUCAGAGAAGAUUCCUUAGAUAAGUCAAGACCUGUUAGAGACCCAAAGAGUUGGCAUAGAACUGAUAUUGACGCAGAUGUCUCAAAUUCAAUGAGGUUUUUAAGAUCUGGGGAAUACGCUAAGUUCCCAUUUUCCGUCAUGGAAAUUAAGAUUAAAGAGGUUAAUUCAGAAGGUAAUUCUUUUGCUGGUAAUACAACAAUGUCUAUGGAAAAAUUACCAAGAAAACAUGGUCAAUGGUUAUCUGAAUUAACUAAUUCUCAUUUAGUGAAAGAAAUUCCAAAAUUUUCUACUUUUAUCCAGGGUAUUGCUACUCUUUUCGGUGAGGAUGAUAAGUUAGAUAUCUUACCAUUCUGGUUACCAGAAUUGGAGAAUGAUAUUAGAAGAAAUCCAAAACAAGCUUAUGAGGAAGAAGAAUUGAAGUUAAAAAAACAAAAAGAAAUUCAGAAGAGAUUAGAUGGAAUGAGAAGAUUAUCAAAGAUUCAAAAACAACCACCUUCCUUAAACGAAUUUGACUCAUCAUUAUCUCAAUCAGAAAAUCAUAUCAUUAAUAUAAAUGGCGCAACCGAUACAGCUAAUCCAACUUCAUAUGAGGCUGACUUAGAGGAUUAUGAAUCAUCUGAGGAGGACGAUGUGGAUCAAUCAGGUGGAAGAACUCAUUUAAAGAAGGGUAUCAGAAGAAUUCCUAAGAAAAAGCAGACUACAGAAGCUAUUUUCUUGAAUAUCUUGGCCGGGAGAGAGUCUAAGUUAACUGGAUUUGAUUCAGAAGAAGAAGAAAUUAUAUUACCUGCAGGUGUACGAAAGCCAACUAGUUACAUUAAAAAUGCAGGUCCUGUAAAAGUUGAAGCUAAGGUUUGGUUAGCUAAUGAACGUACUUUUAACAGAUGGUUAAAAGUUACUACAUUAUUGAGUGUUUUAACAUUUUCUAUUUACAACUCAGUAAGAAAAUCAGCUUUUCCAAAAUUGGCAAAUACUUUGGCGUACAUAUAUUUUGGACUAACUAUCUUCUGUGGUCUAUGGUCUUAUAAGACAUAUAUGGAUAGAUUGAAGGUUAUAAAAGAGAGAAGUGGAAAACAUUUGGAUGCUCCAUUGGGACCUAUCAUUGUCGCUGUGGUGUUAGCAUUUACUUUGAUUGUAAAUUUCUUGGUCGCAUUCAGAGAGGCAGCAACAAGGAAGAACCCAGCAUUUACUACUUCAGCAGUCAAUGGACAGGCGCUUGAACUAUCGAGUACACUACAACCGAUUCAAAAUUUUAUAUUCAGGUUAGUUGGUGCCGAACAAAACUAA